AUGUUAGCGGCCAGCAUCGCGGCGAGCGGGCUGGCAUGUCUCGUUUUGCUGCCGGGCGUCGUUUGUCAAGUCAGCGAAGAGGAGAUUGCUGCGGCUACAGAUGUCAUCUUUCUGCCAUGGUCGGCGCGACUCCGUGAAGGGGCAAGCCUGAACUCAGCGAAGCUUUGCUGGUGGCAUGAGUAUCCGGAUGAUUUCUUAAAGCACUCCUAUCGACAGUGCUGUUGUGCAGGUCCUGCUCAGUCACUUCAAUGCUGGGAUGGUGACACCAGUGCAGGACCCCCUCGGGCUUGCUGCCACUACAGAUAUGGGCCUGGUACCACCUGCUUCCCUCUGCACAGGCGCGUUCGCCUACAAUUUCCUGGCCUUCCCGUGUUGUCUGCCCAUCUCAAGCCCUCAGACUACGAGUACGAGCCCCACUUCGCAGCCUUGCUCACGCAAGGGCACUUACUCGAGCCCUUUCUGGAGGCCCCAAGGAGCCGCCGAAAUCUGUGGGCCGUGGAUCUCGGAGCGGGGAAAGGCCUCGACUCCGUGGUCCUUUCCAAGCUGGGCCACCGAGUGGUCGCCAUGGAGCAAGACCCCCAGGAGCUGCGGCUGAUUGAUACCAACAAGAAGCUGAAUAACGUCUCCUUCGAAGUGGUCCCGGCAGACUUGAUCGAGACGGAGACUACUGCAGCAAGGCUUCUCGCAGCGAGCGGCGGCAUGGCUUUCGACGUGAUCGUCGCCAACUUCUUGGCAUACCUGCCUCCAGCGGUGUUUCUGAAAGUGCUAGAUUUGGUUGAAAGGGUUGGUACCCGAGACUUUGCAUGGCUGUGGCCGUGUGGUAAAGAGGAGUUUGACCCAGAUGACGAACAGCGGCUCAAUCGCGACCAAGCGACGCUGCGCUUCGAAGUCGUCGAUGUGCUGACGUUUGGAAACGUCGGCAACUCGGAGUCUGAAGGCAAUCCCUUCGAGGCCAAGGUGCAGCUCGGCAACCUCCGCAUCUGUGUGCUGCAACGGCGGGGGCGACCGGCGGGUGCAUGGCGGUAUCGCUGGCCGCGGGCCCGGGCUGCGAAGGUGUUGAGCGCCUCUGCUGCCUGCGCUCCGCCCCUCUGGCGGUGCUCGCCGGAAGGUCUGUUGUUCCAGGCCCUGAAGGACGAGAAGCUGGGGGCCAGAUUCCUGCAGUCCUAG